AAUUACGGUAAUCAGUAGCUAAGGAGGGAAGGAAAAGGAAAAAAGGGAGGAGGAGAAGUUUCCGUUCUCCAGAGGUCAAUUCAAGGACGAAGGAGAGCGAAAAUAAUCUCUUAUUCUUCUGGUACAGAGAUUAAUUUAUUAGAUCUCUUCUCUCCCUUUCUCUGUGAUUCUCUGUAUCUGUUGCGGGUUCUUUGAUCAUCAAUGGGUUUGUGGGAAGCUUUUCUCAAUUGGCUCCGAAGCCUCUUUUUCAAGCAGGAAAUGGAGCUCUCCUUAAUAGGACUUCAGAAUGCUGGAAAGACCUCACUUGUAAAUGUUGUAGCAACUGGUGGGUAUAGUGAAGACAUGAUCCCUACGGUUGGAUUCAACAUGAGAAAAGUAACAAAGGGAAAUGUUACAAUUAAGUUAUGGGAUCUUGGUGGUCAACCUAGGUUUCGCAGUAUGUGGGAGCGGUACUGCCGUGCAGUAUCUGCUAUUGUUUAUGUGGUCGAUGCUGCUGAUCCUGAUAACUUAAGCAUAUCAAAAAGUGAACUUCAUGACUUGCUGAACAAACCUUCACUUAGUGGUAUCCCUUUACUGGUGCUUGGCAACAAAAUAGACAAGCCAGGAGCUCUAACAAAACAAGCUCUGACUGAUGAAAUGGGGCUCAAGUCAAUAACUGAUAGAGAAGUUUGCUGCUUCAUGAUCUCAUGCAAGAACUCGACCAAUAUUGAUUCUGUUAUUGAUUGGCUCGUGAAACAUUCUAAAUCAAAGAGCUAAGAACAGUCUCAUGUUCUGGAAUCGCUGUGCUAUAUCUCCUCAGUUACUUGCUUCGCGGACAAACAAUUUUUCCUGUCUACUUGUUGGUUAUUGGUUAAUUGUUUAUUUUCUUUUAUGUGCUGCUAUAUUCUGUAAAUUAGAUAUUUAUAAUUGAGGAAGGACCUAAUGGAGCUUUUUGAAUGCUUAAUGCACUCUGUUCCUGUUGCACUGUUGAGAUGUAUUGUAUAUUAGAUUGUUUUCCCUUA